GGGAGCCGGCCGGGAGCGGGCCGGGCCGGAGCCGGGCCGCAGAUUUUGUGUUCCCCUCGUACUGGCUGCUCUCCCCAUCAUGGCUACUGGUGAAGAAAUGCCCCCUGCCUUGCAGGACUCCUGGGGGGACUUCUGGCUCUUCCGUUUCUUUAUUAAUGCUGCUGGCUACGCGAGUAUUGUAAUACCAGGAUUCCUCCUCAUCCAGUACUUCAAGAGAAGGAAUUACCUGGAGACAGGCCGAGGCAUUUGCUUUCCUGUCAUCAAAUCAUGUGUGUUCGGCUCUGAGGUGAAGACUGUACAUGCAGAGGAUGGCUCCCUGCCACCCCGAGCAGAGCCUACAGAGUCCUCUACAGCCCGACAGGUCUUGAAGCUGCUCUUCUGUGCUGCUGGUCUACAGGCCUCCUACCUCACAUGGGGUGUUCUCCAGGAGCGCGUGAUGACAAGAACAUACGGUGCUACUGAGACGGACCCUGGUGAGAAGUUCAAGGACUCUCAGUUCUUAGUGUUUAUGAACCGCAUCCUGGCCUUCACUGUGGCUGGUCUGUACUGCGCCAUGACCAAACAGCCGCGCCAUGGGGCUGCUAUGUACAAGUACUCCUUUGCCUCCCUCUCCAACAUCCUCAGCAGCUGGUGCCAGUACGAGGCGCUCAAAUACAUCAGCUUCCCCACCCAAGUGCUGGCCAAGGCUUCCAAAGUGAUCCCUGUAAUGAUGAUGGGUAAACUGGUGUCACACAAGAGUUACGAGUACUGGGAGUACCUGACAGCUGCCCUCAUCUCUGUGGGGGUCAGCAUGUUCCUGCUCUCCAGCGCUCCCAACAGACACGUGUCGACUGUCACCACUUUCUCUGGUGUAGUCCUCCUGGCCGGCUACAUUGUCUUCGACAGCUUCACAUCCAACUGGCAGGAUGCCCUCUUCACCUACAAGAUGUCUCCCGUGCAGAUGAUGUUCGGUGUCAAUGUCUUCUCCUGCCUUUUCACAGUGGGCUCGCUCUUGGAGCAGGGUGCUUUGCUAGAAUCAGUACACUUCAUGGCUCGUCACUCUGAGUUCACAGCCCACGCAGUGCUGCUGUCAGUGUGCUCUGCCUGCGGCCAGCUCUUCAUCUUCUACACCAUCAACCAGUUUGGGGCAGCUGUCUUCACUAUCAUCAUGACUCUCCGCCAGGCCUUUGCCAUUCUCCUCUCCUGCCUCAUUUACGGGCACACUGUCACUGUUGUGGGUGGGCUGGGCGUAGCUGUCGUCUUUAUGGCACUCUUCCUCCGUGUCUACGCCCGCAGCCGCAUGAAGAAGCGCAGCAAGAAACUACCACCAGGGGAGACCCCUGUCCAAAAGGUCUAAGGAGCUGAGGCCAGGGUCUCUGAGCUGUGCCUGCUGUCCUGCCUCUGCUGGGGGGCGCUUGCUUGAUCUGUCAGAACCCACUGAGGAGCCAGGUGGGAUAUUGUUAGGCUGGACAAGUGACUCACUUUUCCACCUGCUUUUCCUGGGGAAGGGGCUGCAACAAGCCCAGGGAAUGCUCUGGGCUGCCACAGCUCCAAACCUUACUUUUUGCCUUAAUAGGUCAGAGACUUUCAGCCAAGACACAGACCUAGGGGCUUGCAGCUGCAGGGGUAAACCAGCAUGGGGCUGCUGGUGCUCCUGCGCCACCCGUGUCAUGGUUUCUCUCUAAGGUCAUUGAUUGAACAAGAGAGCUCUUUUCCAUGGCAACACCUUGCCUCCAGCUUAUGCUCCUCUAUGUCUGUUGCUACUACAGAGUUCAGCAGGAGGAGGUGGCAGGAAAAACACUAGCUCUGUCUUUGAAAUGCCUCUGUAUGAGGCAAAAUCCUGAGCUGAGCCUGGGGGAAGUAGGACAGAAACUCUCAGUCAGUCACUCCAGCCUGAGGCUUUCUUCCCAGGAGGUGCUCCAGGUAGGACAGGCACAGCUCAGAGAGGACCCGUCCUACCGCAGGCCUGGGAUCUGCUCUGGGAGGGCAUGCUGGAAUCCCAGUUUGGUUUCUCAGUCCCUCACCCCAGCUCUAAGUCAGUUUUCUUUGCUCCUCCUAGCCCAGGCUGAUUUUUAUGCAGAGACAGAGGCUGGCUGAUGCAUUUCCCAAGGCUUGCUGAGUUAUUCUAGGUUGCUUUUCAGUUACAUCCGCUGCUGUUACAGGCCAAAGGCUGCAGUGGCCAGAAUCCCCAGCAUCACCUCAGGGUGCCACGGUUUCUGGAUUCUGUAGCUGCCAUUCAGAGAAGCACAAAUACCUACUUUUUUUUUUUUCUUUUCCCCUGCCAACUGGAACUAUCAGCCCCACCUUUCUUGGGGCCUUAUCAGAGCCCCACAGUGCCUGGAGGUCUGCAGGAGGGGACAGCCCUCUGUCAUGGCUCAUCCCCUCUCCACAGGCAGCAGAGGAUGGAGGAGCAGGUGCCUGCCCCCAGGCAACAGGGGAUGUGGCAGUGGAGGCUGCUCCCACUGCUCUUCCCCAAAGCCUGGGUUGUACCCAUUAACCCUUUUCUCCCCAUCACAGCCUGACUGACAAGUCAGCAGUUUUGGUACUUUUGAAAAGCAACUUUUUUCUUUUUAUUUUAUUAAAUUAAAAAUAUGCUGCAUAUAGUACCCAAGGGGUAAGUGGGUUUUUUGUUUGUUUUCUUUCCCCCUGUACCUUCCCUCCCACCCAGAGCUGGAGGGAAGAGACUAUUUCCCCAAGCCGUUCCCUAAUCUUCCUAGAAAGUUUUGCUACGCUCUCUCUCCUUUCCAAAUAUGAGUACAUCAGCCUGCACUCAGGGUUGGACCUACAGCUCCAAAGCCCCAUUGUUCUUCCAUGCAUGAUCCCUGCACACACACAGCUGGAGAACACAGCCAUGCUUGGACCUCUGCUUGUGCUGGUGAGUGCAUUAGGACUUGCAACUCUGUACCAACUUAAUCCUGAUAAGGACUUGGGGGCUAUGCAGGGACCCCAGGAGCCAGGUGGGGGUAGCUGCAAAUAGGGUAGAUGGAUAGAGACAAGGCCUUGAAGGAGCCCAGCCUUCAUGGGGUGCAUUUGCACCAUCACCAGCUCCACAAGUCCUGUAUAGACCCCUGGUGCACAAUGGAGGAUUGAAAUAAACCUUCAUUCUCUGCUUGUGCUCUCUGGGCCUAGCGAGGUCUGGAGCCAACCACAGAGCUUGCCCUGCAGCUAGAGAAACAGGAGCAUCAGGUGAGGGUUACAGGAGAGUCUGAUUAGGCACAUUAACAGCCUGCAAGGACAACAGCAUCUGCUGAGCACAGCACUGAGUUUAGCAGUUUUAUCCAAGCUUCUUUACUACUUUCAAGUUCUUGAAAGUGCCUGUAUUACAUGACCUCACAGCCCUGCAUCCUUCCCCUUGCCUCCACUCCUUGUUUACGAAUUCAAAUUCCCCCAAGUGUCUGCUCCACAGUUCGCUGCCAGACUGAGAACGUUUGGGUUUUUGGGGAGGGUUUUUUUGGGGGGAUGGAAGGGGGGGUGAAAAGGGAAGGAAUGGUAAAGUUUCUUUCUGCCACAAUGUACAACAGGACCCCUUUUCUCAUUUAAAUGAGAACGGAGGAAAACAAACAAGGAAAAUGCUUUAAGUUGAAAAGAA